AUGUCCGGCGCCGAGGAGGCCGGCGGGGGCGGCCCGGCCGCGGGGCCCGCUGGCGCCGUGCCGGCCGGGGUCGGCGUCGGGGUCGGAGUCGGGGUCGGGGCUGGGGUCGGGGCGGCCGCGGGGCCGGCGGCGGCGCUGGGCGAGGCGGCAGGGCCCGGGCUCCCGGACGAGGCGGGCCUGGCCGGCGCCCGGCAGCUGCAGGAGGCGGCCGGCGACCCCGACGCGCCGCCCAAGAAGCGGCUGCGGGCGGCCGAGGCGGCCGAGGCGGCGGCGGCGGCGGCGGCGGGCAGCGGGAAGCUGGAGGAGCGGCUCUACUCGGUGCUGUGCUGCACCGUGUGCCUGGACCUGCCCAAGGCCUCCGUGUACCAGUGUACUAACGGUCACUUGAUGUGCGCUGGCUGUUUUAUCCACCUACUAGCAGAUGCCCGGCUGAAGGAGGAGCAGGCCACCUGCCCCAACUGUCGUUGUGAGAUCAGUAAGAGCCUCUGCUGCCGGAACCUGGCCGUGGAGAAAGCCGUGAGCGAGCUGCCCGCAGAGUGUGGCUUCUGCCUGCGCCAGUUUCCCCGCUCCCUCCUGGAGAGGCACCAGAAAGAGGAAUGCCAGGACAGGGUGACACAGUGCAAGUAUAAGCGCAUUGGCUGCCCUUGGCACGGCCCCUUCCACGAGCUGACGGUGCACGAGGCCGCGUGUGCCCACCCCACCAAGACGGGCAACGAGCUGAUGGAGAUCCUGGACGAGAUGGACCAGAGCCACCGCAAGGAGACGCAGCUGUACAACAGCAUCUUCAGCCUGCUCAGCUUCGAGAAGAUCGGCUACACAGAGGUCCAGUUCCGGCCGUACCGCACGGACGACUUCAUCACGCGCCUGUACUACGAGACGCCGCGGUUCACAGUGCUGAGCCAGACCUGGGUGCUCAAGGCGCGCGUGAACGACUCGGAGCGCAACCCCAACCUGUCGUGCAGGCGCACGCUGUCCUUCCAGCUGCUGCUCAAAAGCAAGGUCACGGCGCCGCUGGAGUGCUCGUUCCUGCUGCUCAAGGGCCCCUACGACGACGUGCGGAUCAGCCCCGUCAUCUACCACUUCGUCUUCACCAACGAGAGCAACGAGACGGACUACGUGCCGCUGCCCAUCAUCGACUCCGUGGAGUGCAACAAGCUGCUGGCCGCCAAGAACAUCAACCUGCGGCUCUUCCUGUUCCAGAUCCAGAAGUAGGGCGGGCGCUGGACACACGCCGGCGAGGUCUGCAUGCCUGCGCCGCGCGGUCCUCACCCCGGCCCUCCCUUGCUCCCCGGGCGGCCGGAGGCUGGGCUGACCGCGGAGGAGGCGGCGCGCUGGGCACACGGGCUCGGACGGGUGCCAGGAGCUGAGAGCCCAGAGGCGGCGCUGCCUGCUGCAGCCCCUGCGCGAGUCCCGCUGGGCUCAGAGGGCCCCCGCUGACUUCAGACGGCGUAUUUGAUUGCAAUUAAAAAGGCAGCCUUGUUUCCUA